UCAUGGGAUUGCUUUCUUGAUUCUUGUUAGAUACUGGAAGAUUUCUUGAGGUCAACAAGCCAACUCCAACUCCAACUCUGAAGCCAAACCAAAACCCACCAAGAAAAUUCACUCAGAAAACGAAAAAAUUAAGCCUACAAAUGCAAGAACCUUUAGCUGAACCAGAACCAGAACCAGAAGAUGACGUUGUGAAGCUCAAUUUCUUCUUCAGUUAUGGCACUGUCUAAGCUUCCUCUCUGCAGUGUCUUCUUCUUCCUGUACAUUUCACUUUUUAUAUCAUCACAAGCUUUAUCAUCAAAAAUAGCAGUGGCACAAAUCAAGGACCAACAAGACAAUGAGCCAUUUGUGGGAAUCAACAUAGGAGAAGAUGUGUCCAAUCUUAUGUCAGCUACAGAACUUGUUUCAUUUCUACAAUUUCAAAAGGUUACACAUAUCAAGCUUUAUGAUGUAGACCCCGACAUACUCAAGGCCUUGGCUAACACCAAGAUCCGGGUCAUUAUUAGUGUUCCAAAUAAUCAGCUUCUUGCUAUUGGAUCCUCCAAUACAACUGCAGCUUCUUGGAUUGGUAAAAAUGUUGUUGCUUAUUAUCCACAGACUGUAAUUACUGCAAUUGCUGUUGGUGAUGAGGUUUUAACUACAGUACCCUCUUCAGCUCCUUUGCUUAUGCCAGCUAUUGAGUCUCUUUAUAGUGCUUUGGUGGCUGAAAAUUUGCAUAAUCAGAUAAAGAUUUCAACUCCACACUCUGCUUCUAUAAUUCUUGAUUCAUUUCCACCUUCUCAGUCUUUUUUUAAUCAGAGUUGGAUCUCGGUUAUUCAACCGUUGCUUCAUUUUUUAUCAAGAACUGGGUCACCUUUGAUGAUGAAUUUUUAUCCUUACUAUGUGUUUAUGCAAAAUAAAGGAGUGGUGCCUCUUGAUAAUUCUUUGUUCAAGCCCUUGACACCAUCCAAGGAAAUGGUUGAUCCUAAUACUUUGUUGCAUUACACUAAUGUUCUUGAUGCUAUGGUUGAUGCUGCUUAUUUUUCGAUGAAGAAUAUGAAUUUUACUGAUGUUGUGGUUCUUGUUACCGAGAGUGGUUGGCCUUCAAAGGGUGAUUCAAAAGAACCUUAUGCUACAAUUGACAAUGCAGAUACUUAUAAUUCUAAUUUGAUUAAGCAUGUUCUUGAUCGUAGCGGGACUCCUUUGCACCCAGAAAUCACUUCUAGUGUGUAUUUAUACGAGUUGUUCAAUGAAGACUUGAGGUCACCACCAGUAUCAGAAGCAAAUUGGGGAUUGUUUUAUGCGAAUUCGACACCGGUUUAUUUGCUUCAUGUAUCUGGAAGUGGGACUUUCUUGGCUAAUGAUACAACCAACCAAACAUAUUGUAUUGUUAUGGAUGGUGUUGAUUCAAAGACAUUGCAAGCAGCAUUGGAUUGGGUAUGUGGACCAGGAAGGGCUAAUUGUAGCGAGAUUCAGCCAGGGGAGAAUUGUUAUCAGCCUAACAAUGUUAAGAACCAUGCCUCUUAUGCAUUUGAUAGCUAUUACCAGAAGGAAGGAAGGGCUUCCGGGUCCUGUGAUUUCAAGGGCAUUGCCAUGACCACUACUACCGAUCCAAGUCAUGGGAGCUGUAUAUUUCCUGGAAGCAAAAAAAUAACGAAUAAGGCGAGGACGGUGGUGAACACAACCAAUCCAAGUAACGCAGCGGGUGGUUCAAGAUUAAUCAGCUUCAAAAGCAGUAGAAUGAGUGCAGUAGACAAGGCAUUACAAACUCUCUUGACUGUAAUCUUCUCUAUUUUGUUAUACAUUCCCUUUAUGAUGUCUUGAGGCGUAAAAUAAAACAAUUUUUUUUGUAAUGUAAUAGUGUUUAAUUCCUUCA